AUGGCCGGUGUUGCUACCUACAACAUUGCUGGCCGACAGGUCGGCGGUCACUACCUGGCCAUGGGCAUCCUCGGAAGCCUUUUCGGCGGCGUCUACUAUGCCACCUCUGGCCCCAAGAAACCCGCCGCUGCGGCGACUCCCCCGAUCAAUGCCUCCAGCUCCGACGAGGCCGACUUCAUCAAGAAGUUCAUGGAGGAGCAGGAGAAGAAGCAGUAA